UGGAAAUGUGGACAAUUUUUUUUGGAAACAGAGGAAUAAUAUACUAUAUAGCAAAAGUGUGUGUAUAUAUAUAAUCAGGGUGAAACCGUGAGAACUGAAAACUGAGAAGAGAAGAGGGUAGAGGAAGUUUUCGUAUCACUCGUCUCUAAUAUUCAGUUCAAACUUUCUAAAAUUGCUGCUAGAUCAUGGUAAACGCUAUCAAGGGACUGUUCAUUUCAUGUGACGUACCCAUGGCACAGUUCAUCAUCAACUUGAAUGCUUCGCUGCCUACAUCACAGAAGUUCAUAAUACAUAUCUUGGAUGAUACUCACCUUUUUGUGCAACCCCAUGUGGCUGAAAUGAUAAGAAGUGCCAUUUCAGAGUUGAGAGACCAGAAUUCUUAUGAGAAGCCCAGUUGAUGUAGUUUUUUCAAGAUAUCCUCCUUCAUAUGCUAAAGAUGCUAUGAAGCAUGUUGCUCUCAUCAAGCUAUAUUUCAUACCACUACUUUUUCCAGUUUGUUGUUUCUCUUUUUCAUUGUACAAGUCACAUAUUACAAUUUCUCUUGUUGAGCAAGUUGCUACUUGUUAAAAGUGACAGGAAUUUCCCCAACAAUUUUCAAUCCAAAUAACUUCUGAUGAGGAAAAUUUUUCAUAGUCUGUAAUUGAAGCAUGAUUUUGAUGGAAUUUUAUGAAGUUUUCAAUUAUAAGAA